AUGCCGGGGCCGCCUCCGCCGCCUCCGCCGCCUCCGCCUCCGGGCGCGGGCGGUCCUCCCCCACCACCACCACCACCACCUCCUGGAGGCGCACCAGGCGGCAUCCCAGGACGUCCUCCGCCAGGUCGAGGUGCCCUUCUCGCCGAUAUCAGCAAAGGCAAGUCUCUUAAGAAGGCCGUUACGAACGAUCGCUCUGCACCUGCGGUUGCCGGUGGUGGCACAUCAUCAUCUGGCCCACCAGCAGGCGGCGCGCCGCCCGUUCCAGGCCUGGCGCCUCCCGUCCCUGGAAACCGCGCAAGGAGCAACAGUGAUCAAGGUACGGGCGGCACAUCAGCCGGGCUAGAGUCGGCCGCGCCGCAGCUCGGCGGCCUGUUCGCGGGUGGCAUGCCCAAAUUGAAGAAAAGAGGUGGUGGUGUCGACACGGGACGAGAUGCAGACUCCUCGUACGUGUCUGAUCCUGGCGAGUCGAAGCUUUCGACCGUCUUUGCCGGUACCUGGCCCUGGUGGUCUGAGAAAGACGAGUGGGAGGGGGCCACCGCCUCCGAUAGGAAAGAAGCCGCCCGCCUUACCAACUGGUCGAAAACCAGCUUUAAAGCCGACAAUCCCCUCAUCUCCUGCUCCUCCGCCUCCUCCUCCAUCAGCUCCAUUAGGAGCACCGGCGCCACCCCCGCCUCGUCCAACAUCAUCUGCUCCUGGCGCGCCUCCUCCUCCGCCGCCCUCAAGCGCACCUCCUUUGCCAGCAGCUGCCCCUCGACUACAGCCACCUCCUCCCCCUCCACCGCCAACGAGCUCCGCGCCCUCAAUUGCAUCGGCCGUGACCCGACCCUCUGGACGAUCAUCGCCGACGACAGCACCUCCGCCUCCUCCACCUCCUCCUCCCGGUGUUGCUCCGUCACCACCAUCUGCGCUUUCUCCGCCACCACCACCUCCCCCGCAAUCCCGCAGCCGUGGCUCGUCUCUCCGACAGUCCAUGCUUGA